CCGUGUCGCCACCUUCUUUGUCUACGGCCCAACAUUUCGACACCGGGGAGGUUGUCUGUCUUUUUUCUUUUUUUGUAAUUUUGAGGAUAUAUUUACCGAUAUAUCCCAAAUAUUCUAACAUUUAAUGACAGUCGACUCUGAGCUAUUUAUGCCUAAAAGUAAAGCACCAAAAAUGGAUGACCUGGACUACAUUCCUGUAGACCUGAGCCCAGAGGAGCGCUCUGAGCUGGAGGAUAUUCGCAGGAGGAAAGGUGUCCUGUUGCAGGAGAUCCAGAGACUCAGAGAGGAGCUACGAGAGGCUAUCUUAGAGGUAGAGGGACUGGAGACCAGUACAGAGGGCAGUAAAACUUUACAGAAAAGUAGACAUGUGGCUAUGGGACGGAAGAAGUUCAACAUGGACCCAAAAAAGGGGAUUUUGUUCCUGGUGGAGAACGAGCUGCUUAGACACACACCAGAGGACAUCGCACAGUUCUUAUACAAGGGAGAAGGCCUAAAUAAGACAGCUAUAGGAGAUUACCUGGGAGAAAGAGACGACUUCAACAUCAAGGUGCUUCAAGCUUUUGUUGACCUCCAUGAGUUUACAGACCUUAACCUUGUGCAGGCCCUCAGACAGUUCCUGUGGAGUUUCCGUUUGCCAGGCGAAGCCCAGAAGAUUGACAGAAUGAUGGAAGCUUUUGCUCAGAGAUAUUGCCACUGUAACCCUGGUGUCUUCCAGAGCACAGACACAUGUUAUGUGCUUUCAUUUGCCAUAAUUAUGCUGAACACAAGCCUGCAUAACCCCAAUGUGAGGGACAAACCUGGCUUGGACCGUUUCAUCUCAAUGAACCGCGGCAUCAACGAUGGAGGAGACCUACCAGAGGAGCUGCUCAGAAAUCUUUAUGAUAGCAUUAAGAAUGAACCAUUUAAGAUCCCGGAGGAUGAUGGCAAUGACCUCACACACACAUUCUUCAACCCAGACAGAGAGGGCUGGCUUCUUAAACUUGGGGGAAGAGUGAAAACUUGGAAGCGUCGAUGGUUCAUCCUAACAGACAACUGUCUUUAUUACUUUGAAUAUACCACAGAUAAGGAGCCACGAGGUAUCAUUCCUUUGGAAAACCUUAGCAUCCGUGAAGUAGAGGAUCCAAGGAAGCCUAACUGCUUUGAACUGUACAUCCCAAACAACCGUGGGCAGCUCAUUAAGGCAUGCAAGACAGAGGCUGAUGGGAGGGUGGUGGAGGGGAACCACAUGGUGUACCGCAUCUCUGCACCCACACCGGAGGAGAAGGACGAGUGGAUCCACAGCAUCAAAUCUGCAGUUAGUGUGGAUCCCUUCUACGAAAUGCUUGCUGCCAGGAAGAAGCGUAUAUCACUGAAGAAGAAAGAGGAGCAGCCUUAGGUUACUUCUGUAUUCCUCUCCUUCUCCUAUUAUCAUCCCUGCUGCUCGCACCUCUCUUUAAGCUUUCUUCCUCCUCCUUCUUCCUGAAAAAUGUGUCCUCUUUCACUUUUGAGGACUUCUUCCUGUCUUGUCAACCAGACUCUGAAAAAGCUGCAACCAGAGUGAAAAGUUUGGCUGCUGAGGCUGCCGUUCACACUACUGCUGUCACACUCAACCCGGAGCACAAUAACACUACUUUUUGUCUUCACUCUUAGUAAAACAGGCUAAAAAGCAUCUUGAAGACUUUAUCCACACUACAAAUUAUAUAUAUAUUUUUUCUUUUUGUUUUUUUUCUUCCACACUGGCUGGCCUCUUUUGGGGAUUUAUACACUUUAAGUUACUUGAAUGGUUUGGCAUUGACUUUUUAUAUUUUAGUUGUUCAGAUUAUAGAGAACAAAGUUUUGCAGGCACCGGGUUUUUUGAAGGUAUGUUGCAAAGAUGGACUGUUUGGCUUGUUUACUUUCCAAAUACUUCCUGAAAGGGUUAGUGUGGAUCACAAAGUCCCAUUACAAGAGGUUUCUUAGAUUUUUCCAAAAUGCUGUGAAUACAGUUUUAUUCAAGCAGCUGCAGCUUCAUGAAAUUCUCCUUAACCAUCAUCGAUGUCGCCUUAAUGAGAUAUUCCCUUUCUUGAUUGUGUGUAGCCGAGAAAAAAAAUGUGAAGUAAUAAUAGGUUUUUAUGCUGAUAGAGCUGUGAAAUUUAACACUAAUUUAAUACUCCAAAUGGCAGUAAAUUCACAUUCAGACCUAACUACUCAAUUAUCACAAGGAAAGUGUCAUCAAUGUAUAUUACAGUGGAUUUCAUAGUGGGAACACUACAUACAGGAUGAACUUAAGCAUUUUUCUCAACAUGUUUGAGCAGUAGCAUAAUCUAGCAUUGCUGUCUGGAGGCUUGUUAAAUGUUUGAUCUCAUCUUGUCUUUUCAGAAUUAGCAUAACCGCAUGACAUCAUCUUUGUUUUUGCUCAACGCUAUGAACUUCAUCUGUUUAACUCUGUCCACCAAGAUGGGCUUUGUGAAGUCACAAAGGCAGCUCUUUUCAAUGUACACUUUUUGUAAAUAGAAGUUAGCAUAUUUGUUUACGAAAAGCAUAGAUUUGAUUUAAUUUAUUAUUUAUCUUUUGUUAAAAUCUGAUUUUCUUUUUGUACAAGUUAUUGUUUUACUGCAUGUUGGACAGAAGGAUCAGUGAUCGGUACUGAUGCAUGGUCGACCAUGUUAGUGCGCUGACUUGAAAAUGUGUUUCCUGGUUACAUGAAAAGAUAACGUUUGAUAUUGAAGUUGGUUUAUGCAUUAAAGUUAUCCUGCUUGUUAGCUUUUAGAAAAUAUGAGAUUAAAUGGUCCUUUUUUUAACUAAGGGAAUAGAAUUGUAAAGCACAUGCAGAGGUGGGUUUCUCACACUUUGCUGUUAACCUUAAAGGGUAUAUAUCAUCACUUCUCCAACAUUUAUUUUUAAAUAUGUUCAGGCUUGCAGACUGAUAUUUAGAAAUGUGUAAUAAAAUGAGAAGGUUACGUUUAAUGUCCCUAUUAACUCUCACAUCAGCAGAUAAGUAGUGGCAAAGUCUCUAACUUGAGUUUGAGUAAAUAAAUGAAUUUUGAGUUCACGGAUAUAGAGACUUGGCAAACCAGGACUCCACACAGAGAUUUAAAGUGCAAUUUGGUGAGUCCACUCUGUAUACAAUUUGCUGUGAAUUUACUGUCAAAUGUCCACUUGUUAGAAAACUAAAACGCGACUAAAACAUUUUGACAACAUUCGGACAGAUGCUGUAAUUUCUUCCCUAGCAAUGCCACUCAGAUGUCCACAGACACACACAAAAAUGGCCUCUUUUCUAUCUGUUAGCCAUGCAGCAGUUGUGUGAGGCUCACUUUACUCUGCAUUUGACUCAUUUGGAUUUACCUGCGCUGAAUAAUGUAGCUAUCAAACUAUUAUUCUAAUGACUUAAUCUGUUUAACAUUACACAUGUUGAAUGGAGGACACAUUAAAAUACUAAGUAUCACACCGUUGCUACGGUCACAUUUGAAAUGCCUUAGACACUGAUCAGAAUUAUAUUACUAGUGAGGCUUUUUUUUAGCAAACAUCAACUUGAAUUGUUUAGAAAGAGGGGUUAUUUAGAUCUAAUUAUGGAAGUUGAAAGGUAUUUUGCACCAGAAGAGCAAAAUUGAUAGUCUUCUCAUUGGUCUGACUGUUAACUCCCUGUUUCAGCUUUCAAUUCUAGCCAUGCCAUAAACUGAGUUGCACCCUUUUCCUUCAUGUUUUAGUUGUUGCUUCCCUAAAAUGUAAGAUUUUGUUAGAGGUUAUGAAGCUCAUUAAUAUUUCCUGAUUUGUUUUUGGGGUUUUUACUUAACUUUUUACUUAACUCAAUGUGUUCAACAGCGGUCUAUUUGACACGGCUAAUUUAGUUGAAAUGUUACUGUAAGAAAGGCUAGAAACUUCUCAAGUUUAAAAGGAUAAUAUUUGUUUUGUGUCUGAGAUAUGAUGAUAUAUACCCUUGGAAGUCUGAGAAGGAUUAUGAGCUGAAAUUUAAAUGUUAAAAAGAGCUUGCUAAAUGAUAAACAAUAAUUAAGCUUUGAUUUAUCAAUAACUGACAAUAGAAAAAGUUCAAAUUUGUCGCCAUAAAUGGAUUUGCUUAACGUCCAGGUCAUAAACUACAUAUUUGAUUGUUCUUUUUUUUGGGCGGGGGGGCUACUAUAUGCAGCACUUUAUCAAGUUUAGCAUUUUGGGGGAAAAUGCUGUUACUCUGACUCACUCCAAUACAAUGUGGCACCUCCUGUUGGUAAUCGCACACAUAAACAAAACAAAAAACAAUGGGAGUUUAUUUUAAGAUGUCCUGUCCGUUAUCUAAACUUUUAAAAGUGGCUGUCAGAUCCUAUGUUUAAAUGAAGUCACAAUAUCCUCUAUUUUUGGUUUGUUUUGAUCCUUCUGUUGCCAAUAUUACCUGGACUGUUAAUAAUGCUACUCUCAUGUUUUAAUGUUCAAAGUUGCCAAAAAAUAAAACGGAGUCCAGGUAGAAGCAAGAAUGAAGACUAAAAUGACCCUAAUGAAAGAGAUGCUUCUCUACAGAGCCACUGCAUUCAGAAAAUGAUUUUUUGUAUUUAUUUAUUUUUUGUUUACUUCGAGGUAGAGAUGGGUUCAUCAUCUGUACAUGUAGCAAAAGGAAAACUACGAUGCAUUGGUGCCAGUAAAAUACUGUGUAACAAUUAAAAAGUG